AUGGUGGUGGGGGACAUCUCGCCUUCUUUGGCGGAAAUAUCGGAUGUGCUUUCUAAAACUCGAGGAAAGUCAUAUGCCCCCAAUCUAGUUGCUAUUUAUAAAGAAAUAUCUUCCGAUCUCAUUACUCCCUCCGCCGCAUACCUCAAGAUUUCGGCGCAUUCGAAGUCCGAUCACUCUUUCUUAUUCGAGAGUGCUGCAACAGAAAAGGUUGGCAGAUAUAGUUUCAUAGGAGCUGGACCUCGAAAGAUUCUUAAAACUGGAGAAGGACAUGGCGAACAGCUGGACCCAUUGCCUGCGCUCGAGGCAGAAUUGUCCAAAUGUAGGGUAGCACAAAUACCAGGACAAAAAUUGCCACCUUUGACAGGAGGAGCCAUUGGAUAUGUGGGAUACGAUUGUGUUCGAUACUUUGAGCCUAAGACCGCACGACCUAUGAAAGAUGUUCUUCAAGUUCCUGAGUCACUCUUUAUGCUAUUCGAUACUAUUGUCGCAUUCGAUCGGUUUUUUGGAGUUAUAAAAGUUAUCACAUAUCUUCAUGUUCCGGAAGAUUUCACGCGGAUUUCAGCGGAUUACGAGAAAGCACAAGAAAUCAUUGAUGAAGUUGUUUCCGCUCUUGAAUUGCCAGAUACACCUCUACCCACUCAGCCACCUAUAAAACUGGACAAUGAAUAUACGUCAAACAUUGGACAGGAAGGCUACGAGGGACAUGUUAAUUCUCUCAAGACUCACAUCACAUCUGGUGAUAUUAUUCAAGCAGUACCGUCACAACGCUUUGCAAGACCAACUUCUCUUCACCCCUUCAAUAUAUAUCGUCACCUCCGUACCGUCAACCCCUCGCCUUACCUUUUCUACGUCAACUGUGGUGACUUCCAAAUUGUAGGAGCUUCUCCCGAACUCCUUGUUAAAGCUGAAGAGGGUCGCGUGAUAACUCAUCCCAUCGCUGGUACUGUCAAACGCAAUGCAGACCCUCAAAUCGAUGAAGCUCUUGCCGAAGAACUCCGCAGCUCUCUCAAAGACCGCGCUGAACACGUCAUGUUGGUUGAUCUUGCACGUAAUGACAUUAAUCGUGUAUGUGAUCCCAUAACCACUCGCGUAGAUCGAUUGAUGGUCGUUGAGAAGUUCAGUCACGUGCAACAUUUGGUCUCACAAGUCUCGGGAGUGUUAAGGAAAGACAAGACUCGAUUCGAUGCUUUCCGUUCUAUUUUCCCUGCGGGUACUGUAUCCGGUGCUCCAAAAGUCAAGGCCAUGGAAUUGAUAGCCGAAUUGGAAAAAGAGAAGAGAGGUGUAUAUGCGGGCGCAGUCGGAUAUUUCGGCUAUGGAAGUGUAGAUGCAGAAGGGAAUGAGUUUGAGGGAGAGAUGGAUACCUGUAUUGCUUUGAGAACUAUGGUGGUCAAAGAUGGAGUUGCUUAUUUGCAAGCUGGUGGUGGCAUAGUCUUCGACUCAGACCCCUACGAUGAAUGGGUGGAAACUAUGAACAAACUUGGCGCAAACAUGCAAUGUAUAGCCGGCGCCGAGAGAAUCUACUCGAAUAUUCAAUCUAAAUCCACACCUAACUCUGUGACUAGGGACGCCUCAUUACCUGUAAAAUCAGAGGAGAAGGCUCAUAUUGAUUUCGCAGCAGAAUAG